AUGGCCCAGGGCUGGGCAUCCUCAAGAAGAGCUAGGUGCUGCUGGGGAGGAGGUAGUGGGGGUAGCAAUGGCAGACCCACCACCAGUCAGGGCGGCCUCAAGCGGAAGAUAGGCCCAGGACGUCCCCACGCAAAAGUGCCCCACCGGAAGUGUGCCAGAGACAGUUCAGGAUCAGUUUAUGAGGCACUCUUCCUGAAAGGGGAAAACAGUGAUGUGCAGAUCCGUGCACUGGGGGAGGAGUGGAAUUUACACAGGGUCUACUUACGCCAGUCAGGGUACUUUGCUAGCAUGUUCAGUGGUGCUUGGCGGGAAAAAACCAUGAAUACUAUAGAGUUGCAGAUGCCUGAUGACAACAUUGAUCGUGAGGCGAUGCAUGAAGCUUUAGGUUCUCUGUACCAAGACACCGUGCUCAUCACACCUGGUCGAGUAGUAGCCAUUCUGGCCACGGCCAGUGUGCUGCAGAUGGAUGGGCUAAUUCAGCAAUGUGGGGAGGUCAUGAAGGAGACUGUCAUGAAGGAGACUGUCAGUGCCCAGACUGUGUGCAGCUAUUACUACUCUGCUGAGAGCUAUGGCCUCCAAUGCAUCAGGACCAUGUGCCUCCAGUGGCUGCUGGAUAACCUGGUGACCCAGCAUAGUGAAGAUCUGUUGCGAGAGGUCAGCCCGGAACUCAUGAAAGAGCUGGUUGCCUCUUCAGAGCUCUUGGUUAUGGAGGUGGAGAUGGACGUGUACACCAUGCUAAAAAAGUGGAUGUUCCUGCAGCUGCAGCCAACAUGGAGGGGCCCCCACAGAGCCGUAUUACCUGAUGCUGAUUUGUGGUUUACCAGGUCUAGGGGCGAGUCAGAAGGCACCCCUUUCCUGGAGACCAAGCAGGGCAGAGACUUUGUGCCAGUGUUCCAGCAGCUGCGGCUUGCCUACAUAAUCUGUGAUCUGCCAUCAGCGCGCAUAAUCGACCAGGAUGCCCUGAUCCCUGCUGCAUGGCUUACCCCAGUAUACAGAGAGCAGUGGCUUGCACUGCUCCAGGCUGAGCAGACAAGGGAACUUGGGCCCAUAGACAUCUACCUGUCUGAUCUCCAGGGGAGCAGCAUGUGCUGUGGGGGCAAUCUGUGCAGGGAUGAGCAGUGCAAUUGGCAAUGGGCCAGUUUCAACUUUGGCUGGGACCUGGUGGUGUGCUAUACCAACCGGCGCAUCAUUUUCCGGUGCAGUGCCCUGAACAAGUCCCGUGGCCUGGGUGUAAGCUUACUUUGGCAGAGAAAAGUGGCAUUCCACCUGCGCCUGGCCUCCUUGGACAGGGCUGGAAGAGCUGUUUUCAGGAAGGACACAGAAUACCAGAUGCUUUCCUUGAGAAAGGAUCAAGAGCUAGAGAUAGUGAACCUGGAAAACCAAGAGGUGGUCUUCCCCAUAUAUGUGGCCUGUAACUUCCUGUACCUCCCACAUGAGGAAUGCUGCCCAGAGCUUAAACCU